CCAUUCCUCUUAGCAACGCCGGUCGCGUCAGACCGGAAGCGUCGAAGCCGGCGCCCCUUCCGCUCUGCCCUCGAGCAAGAUGGCGUCCCUCGUGAGGCGAGCCGCGCGGCUCUCCUUCUUACUGCCGAGGCCGCCGUCGCGGGGAGCCGGCCUGGUGCGAGGAGUCCGGGCGCUGCGAAGAAAACCCGUCCGCGUGCUCCCUCCCGGCGCGGAGACCAAAGAGGCCGCGCCUCGGGCCCAGCCGCACAAGAAGCCCCCGGCGGCCUCCACCCGGGAGCGGGAAGCCCCGGCGAAGGAGCCGCCGAAAGAGGUGGAGCUGCGCUACGAGCGGGCCGGGCCCGGCGACAAGAGGCUGGGCAAAGUGGUGACCAUUGCCAAGUCCAGGUCGUUCCGGGAGAGGCACGGGAAGAUCUUGCUGGAGGGCCGACGCCUCAUCACCGACGCUCUGGCUGCCGGCGCCGUCCCCCAGACGCUCUUCUUCAGCUUCGUGGAGCACCUGCAGGAGCUGCCGACAGCCCAGCUAAAACGCGCCAGCCUCGUCAAGGUCCGGGUUGAAGACAUCAAGACCUGGUCUGACGUCAUCACCCCCCAGGGGGUGAUCGGCAUCUUUUCCAGACCGGAUCACGCCAAGAUGACUUACCCCAAGGUUCCGCAGGAGCACCGGCUGCCCUUGUCUCUGAUCUGCGACAACAUCCGCGACCCGGGCAACCUGGGGACCAUCCUGAGGUCCGCAGCUGGGGCAGGCUGCGAGAGAGUCUUGCUGCUCAAAGGCUGCGUGGACGUGUGGGAGCCCAAAGUGCUUCGGGCGGGGAUGGGCGCUCACUUCCGCCUCCCCAUCCUCUCCAGCCUGGACUGGGAGGUGGUCCCCAACUACCUGCUCCCCGAGACGUGCGUGCACUUGGCAGACAGCACCUGGGAGCCCAGCCUCCGUGCCCAGGAGGAGCCCGCCGUGCCCACCAAGGCCAGCUGGCCCUACGAGCAGAAAGUGCGGCUGGCGCAGGCCCAGCGGGGUCCCGACGCGGACUGCGAUGAGGCGGCAGGCCCCUUGGGAGUCCAGCAUUACCACGAGCCCUGGCUGGAGCUCCCCGUGGCGCUGGUGAUUGGGGGGGAGACCCACGGCGUGAGCCCCGAAGCCACGCAGCUGGCGGGCGGCACGGGCGGGCGGCGGCUGGUCAUCCCCGUGGUGCCCGGCGUGGAGAGCCUGAACGCCGCCAUGGCCGCCAGCAUCCUGCUCUUCGAAGCCAAGAGGCAGCUGCGCCUAGGGGAGGAAACCACCGGAAGCCAUGCGCAUCGGCCACGGCUGCAGAGCGUAGGACGCCUCCAGGGCGAGUAGCUUAGCCUUGUUUUCCUUGGAGGCUACGCUCCCGUCUCUUUUGGCUAGAGUGACUCACUCUGCUGCCCUAGGAAAGAGAACAAACGCUGCUCGGGAAGGGAAACGAGCAGAGCCCAGAGCUGGACAUUUGCUCAAUGUGGUCCUUCACGAUAAAGUCAUGCAGGAGACUUGCAGGGAUGGGGAACGCCUGCCGAGACAGUGAGGCACAGCUGGGUAGAAUCUCGUGCUCCACCCAUCCAAGUAGCGGAGCGUUGCUGUUUUGCAAGGCCCUCUCCGCCAGGGCCCUGCACGUAGUAAGCACGGCAGGGAGGAAGGCUGAGCGUAGUCCUCUCCUAGCUGCGGGGGAACAGUUCUCCAGAGAGAAGCCUUCCAAAAUAGGGACUCCUCCCACUUGCAAUGGAGCAGUCCGGUCUUCUACCGUUUACAAGUGUUUGGAUUUCGGAGGGGAGGGGGGUGCCUAAAAAGCAAGUUUGUUCCAACCUUGCCCGCAUGGCUGGCACAAGAGACAGGCCAGAAUGCCCGGGGCAGCCUUGGCCAACGUACACGUGAAAUAAAUGGCCUCAUGUGUGAUUCA